AUGAACACCGGUCUUAAGAUCUAUACCACUCUUCUUCCUCCUGCCCUUCUUGCUCUUCCACCAAGCCUUGCGCUAGUUAUAAUCGACCUUGCUAUCCUUUACGCUUUUAUAACUACUCGCAUGCCAUUACUAGGUGCCCCAAGAGCUCCUUGCUUUAAUAAUGCCAAUAUCACCGAUUUCAUCGAAAACAAGACCGAACAAGGCCGCUUAUUCUUUCUCGGAUUGCCCGUCGGAAUCCGAAACAAAACGAUUAAGUAUUAUAAGGUCGACGAACUCGACUUAGACUUUUAUGCCGCCUUCGACGACUUCGUCGCAUUCGUUCUUAAGACCGACCAAAGUGCUAAAAUUAUCGAAGCUAUGAAUCGAAAGAAGUCUCUUUUAGCCAACUUUACUAAAGAUAUUCGGACCUUAGUUAAAGAACACACCGAGCUAGCCAGCGUUCUUGAUCUUAGCCUCAAGUUCGAUUCGAAGACUACGACGAAGCCCUUAUCAAGUAUACCGCUCAAGAUGCCCGAAGUAAAGUCAGCUUCGGAAGUGGAGUUCAGAUUGCUGCUGUCGGCUACGGACCACAAAGACGAAGAAGAAGAAGAGGUAAAAGAUACGGGAACCAGAUGCAAGACUAUAGCUUUUGCGAGAACUCCGAAGACACAACUCAAGCUCUUUAUUAAUACCGGGAUAAGUGUUGCUUCGGUCGAGAUCAACGCCGCCGCAAAAGACAAAGCCAAAAAGCCUUUCCAGCCUUCGGAAGGAUCCAAGCCUAUUAAGAUCAAGAAGAAUGUCCGACAACAAAAGGAAAAGAACUACGGCACCCUUAGAGCCCGUGCUUCUCAAGAAUCGGGUACUGCUGUAAAAAUAGACUCGGAGAAUAAGCUGUUCGAUGGUUUAAUUAAAGAAGAGUCUUCUAGACCUUCUAGACUAACUAGAGCCGACGAAGCUAUAAAGGAUGUAGAAAAAGAAGUUAAGAUCACUCAGCGAGUACUAAGAGGAAAAAAGAAAAGGACCUACAGACGAGAGAAGUUUAUUGACCCUUACGUUACUACUAAAGCUUAA